AUGCCCACAACCCCCUCCCCCCCACCCACCAUCACAGCCACAGCGCUUCUGAACGCACCAUCGCACGACAUGGCAAUGCUGCACGACAUCCACACGCUCCUCAACAAGAUCUUCACGCGAAACCGAAACCAGCACCAGCGCUGCACGUGGUGGAAAUCCCUGCACGGCUUCCGGCGGCAGAUUGGGCUUCUGCUGCAGGAGCUGGAGAAGGGGCCGGUCAAGGAGCGGGAGGGCAAAGUGGAAGCCAGGUUGAGGUUUUGGGAUAAGGGUGCUGUGCAUGGCUGGUAUUACACGUUCAGCCAACUUGUUGCUGUCGGCCCCUUUGCCAUGCUGGGGCUCGUCAUGAUGGCGAGUGUUGCGCGCGUGUGCCGGAUUACCGGCAUUACGGCCGUGUAUGAAGAGAUUGCUUCGGGCGAUGUUCAAGGCGUUUUGAGCGCCAGCGAUGAAUUGGCUUUGGCGGGCGAGUUUAGUAUGGUGUUGGAUGAGGGGGAGGAGUGGGAUGAGGGGGUUGUUGUCGCUCGGGAUGAGGAGGAGGAUGACGAGUAG